UUUUUUCCUAGGGACAACCCCAGGCCCCAGAACCAGGACAAACACCUCUUCUUCUCUCUCUCUCUCUCUCUCUCUCAGUCUCAGAAUCUGAAGCUACUCAGCUCAAAAUUUCUUGUUUUUUCCUUUGGAUGGAAUUGUAGCUUUUUGUCUGGUAGAAAAUGAAAAAACUCGUUGCAAUUGGUUGUGGGAUACUUCUAUUUGAUUGUUAAAGCGAAAGAAUGUCAAGUGGAGCAACACACUGGUGUUAUGAAUGCAGUCAGCCAAUUGUGCCUGAAGGGAGGGAUGCCAUUUGCCCUUACUGUGAUGGGGGGUUUGUACAAGAACUCAAUGAGUUGCAAGGAGGUGUUGCACCAUCGCAGUCGGGGGAGUUUCAUCAAAUGCCUGACCUUUUUGAUGCUAUACAUGCUUUUAUGGGGCAGAGAGGUUCUGAGCCGAGAUUUGGGCUUAUGGAUGCUGUUGAUAAUUUCAUGAGGCAUAGAAUGGCUGGAAGGCACCCAAACUUUGAUGUUAGAGGGAGGUCUGGUCCUGCUCCUGCUCCUCCUCCUGAACAGAGCUGGGGUGUUUACAGUUCUGGUCCAUAUCUAAUUUUCCAUGGUCAAGUUCCUGGAUUUACGUUCUCUAAUGGCGGCCCAAGAGGUGCUCCCCGGCGCGCUGAGUUCGGUGACUACUUUAUGGGUCCUGGACUGGAAGAACUUAUAGAACAACUCACCCUGAAUGAUCGGCGUGGUCCACCCCCAGCUGCGCGAUCUUCAAUUGAUGCAAUGCCUAUUAUUAGGAUCACACAGGCACAUCUUCGCUCUGACUCACACUGUCCAGUUUGUAAGGAAAAAUUUGAACUGGGCUCUGAAGCUAGAGAGAUGCCAUGCAACCAUAUUUACCAUUCUGACUGCAUUGUUCCUUGGUUGGUUCAGCAUAACUCGUGUCCUGUUUGCCGCGUCGAGCUGCCACCUCAAGGUCAUGUUAGCUCUCGUGGUGGCCGAAGUUUGGGAGGAAGGAACGUGAACAGCAGCACUGACGGCAAUGAUAGCUCCAGGGGCAGGGAGAAUAAUAACCAUCAGAAUCAAGGAAGGAGAAAUCCGCUAUCAUUUUUGUGGCCAUUCCGUUCUUCUUCGAGUUCUUCAAACAAUAAUCGUUAUGCUGAGACCAGAGGAAGCAGCUCUUCAAACCCUCCUGACCAGAGUAAUGGAACAAGUUAUGGUGGAUGGCCUUUUGAUAACUAAAAGCUCCAUCUCUUCUGCUCUUUAAUAAUGGUUGUGAUUUAAAAUGAGAAGGAAAGAGUUUCUUAAAAUUGUACUGUGAACUUAAUCUCAUGGAAGGAAGAUGGUAGAUAGAAGCUUGUUAAAAUCUUUGUACAUGGAUGCAGCUGUUUGGUUAAGAUGAAUAUCUCUUUGAAA